AUGAAACUGCUGCUGUGUUCUGUGUCCUGUGUUCUGCUGACAGCCUCACUGGUCGCUGGGUACCGCAGUCCCCUGAAUGACUUCCAGCGCUCCGAAGGACGAGAACUGGUCCCCACCUCCUGGAACUCACUGAGAGUGUUGACGGUACCGGGCCUGAACCUGGAGGACUGCGCCACCAACUGUUCUCAGUCCCUGGACUGCAGAGCAUUCAACUAUGAGACGCGUCCGACCGUCACCUGUAAACAUCUGCCCUGGGUUCGAGACGGCAACAACGCCGAGGUGAAGAGGAACGUGAACUGUGACCUCUACGAGAAGAAGGUCUACGUCAGGAAGUGCAUUGUGGGUAAAGGGGAAGAUUACAGAGGCAAAGUUUUCACCACAAGGAGUGGCCUGACCUGCCAACAGUGGUGGUCAAAGUUCCCCCACGAUCACAGGUGGACUCCAACUGCUGCUAAUGGGCUGGAGCUGAACUACUGCAGGAAUCCAGACGGGGAUCGUAUCGGUCCGUGGUGUUACACCACAGACCCGGAGCGUCGCUACGAAAGCUGCAACAUUCCCCAGUGCAAAGAUGAGGUCUGCAUCAGCUGUAAUGGGGAGGACUACAGGGGUCAGGUGGACCACACGGUCAGCGGCAGAGAGUGUCAGCGCUGGGACCAGCAGUAUCCGCACCAGCACAUUUACCAGCCUGAGAAGUAUCCUGAUAAGAGCUUGGACGAUAAUUACUGCCGUAAUCCAGACGCCUCCCCCGUGCCCUGGUGCUACACCACCGACCCUGAGGUGGAGAGAGAGAACUGUGAGAUCAGCAAGUGCACUGAAGUCCGGGUGGAGAAACGCCAGCGCUCCAGCUUCACCACCAACUGUUUCCGUGGCCGUGGAGAAGACUACCGCGGUAAGGUCAACGAGACCACGUCGGGGAUCCCGUGUCAGCCGUGGGACGCCCAGUACCCUCACGAGCAUCCCUUCUACCCCAACACCUACGAAUGCAAAGGUUUGGAGGAGAACUACUGUAGGAACCCAGAUGGCUCUGAGGCCCCCUGGUGUUUCACCUCGGUACCUGAGAUGAGGACGGCUCUGUGUCUGCAGAUCAAACGCUGCGCAGACGACAUCGAAGCAGAAGACUGCUACCAAAAAAAUGGAAAAAACUACCGAGGUCAGGUCAGAAAAACCCGUAAAGGGGUCACCUGUCAGAAAUGGAACGUCAACACCCCCCAUCGGACCAAGAUAAAUCCCAGGACUCACCCUGAGGCCAACCUGACGGAGAACUACUGCCGUAACCCCGAUGGCGACCAACACGGCCCGUGGUGUUACACCACCGACCCAAAGACGGAGUUCGACUACUGUGCCAUAAAGCAGUGUGCUGGAGAGAAGGUGACGCUGACGGGCCCCGAAGAAAACGUGGAGUUCAACGAGUGCGGGAAGAGAGACGACCGUCUGCCCAGGUCGUGGCUGCGCAUCGUGAACGGCAUUCCAGGGAACUCACCCUGGACGGUGAGCCUCAGGGACAGGAAGGGCAACCAUUUCUGUGGAGGAUCCCUGGUCGACGCCCGCUGGGUGAUCAGCACCAAACAGUGUUUCUCCUCCUGUUAUGUGGAUUUACCAGGAUACUCUGCCAUGAUGGGAACGCUGUUCCGUGAUCCACAGGAAGGAGAACCCGGGGUCCAGACCAUCCCUCUGACCAAGAUCGUCUGUGGUCCCUCAGAGUCCCAGCUGGUGAUGCUGCAGCUGGAAUAUCCUGCCCAGUUUAACGAGCGUGUCUCUCAGAUCUGCCUCCCCCCCGAGCGCUACAUCGUGGCUGAGGGGACGAACUGUGAGAUCGCAGGAUGGGGGGAGACAAAAGGGACCGGCCUGGAAACUGUCCUGAACGUGGCCCACAUGCCGGUUCUUGGAAACAAAGAGUGUAACAAAUACUUCAGAGGUCGCGUUCGUGAGAAUGAGAUGUGCACCAGCUCUUUUCAGGGUGGGGUCGGUGCCUGUGAGAGAGACUACGGCGGCCCCCUGUCCUGUCAGAACAGCGACUGCUGGGUCCUGGAGGGGGUGAUCAUCCCCAUGAGGCGCUGCGGACACCCGGGGCAGCCCAACAUUUUCAUCCGUGUCUCAGUGUACGUGGACUGGAUCAAGAAGGUGAUGGAGAUGGCUUAGAUACCCUCAGAUACCCCAGAUACCCCCAGAUACCC